UACAACUUUUUUUUUUGUUCCCCUCUCUUUGGAUUUUGCUGCCCUUCUUCUUGCAACACUUUGUUGAAGGAAAACCAGAAGAAGAGGAACAAAAAGCAGGAAAACACGGCGGACGGUGAGCCAUCGCAGAGAGUAAGUUCCCGUUAGGUUCCUCCACAAUGAUCCUCUGAUUCCUCCGCCUGUCACCGACGACUCCCCCGCCGACCUGCCGGACUGCACGCAGAGAAAAGUGGAUCCCACCGGAGAGAGGCUCGCUGCUGUUGUGUAUCCGGAGGGAACCGCGGACAGAGAUGUAGCGUGUGUUGGUGUGAUCGGUGGACCAUCAUGCACCUCUUCCUGCUGCUGAUCCUUCCAGCCACAGCAGCCUUCGGACAGAUUGACCCUGCACACUGUCGCUAUGCCUUGGGCAUGGAAGAUGGACGGAUUACAGACCAUGACAUCACAGCAUCUAGCCAAUGGUACGAGACCACGGGACCUCAGUACGCCAGGAUGAAUCGUGAGGAGGGAGAUGGCGCCUGGUGUCCUGAGGAUAAUCCUUCCGACCCUCAGUACCUGCAGGUGGAUCUGGGCAAGUUGACCUUCCUGACGGUGGUUGGGACUCAGGGACGAUACGCCAGGUACUCAGGGAACGAGUUUGCCCGAGCCUACCGCCUCAACUACAGCCGGGACGGCCUGCUGUGGAAGUCCUGGAGGAACCGGCUGGGGAACAUGGUGAUGGAGGGCAACAAAAAUGCCUACACCUCUCUCAUCAACGACCUUCACCCUCCGAUCAUCACCCGCUACGUCCGACUGAUCCCUGUCCCCAAGCUGUCCACCACCGUCUGCAUGAGAGUGGAGCUGUACGGCUGUCUGUGGGAGGAUGGGCUGAUCUCCUACAGCGCUCCGGAGGGUCAGCUCAUGAUGCCCCCUGGUUAUCCCAUCGCCAGCCUCAACGACUCCACGUAUGACGGAGCGCACGAGAGGAGGAGGCUGCUAGGCGGGCUGGGCCAGCUGACGGACGGUGUGAUCGGCCUGGACGACUUCCUGCUGACCCGGCAGUACCACGUGUGGCCGGGCUACGACUACCUGGGCUGGAGGAACGACUCUCUGGGAAGUCAGGGGUUCGUGGAGAUGGAGUUUGUGUUCGACAGGAAGAGGAACUUCACCUCCAUGAAGGUUCACAGUAACAACAUGUUCCGCCGCAGUGUGAAGAUCUUCUCCUCCGUUUCCUGCUGGUUUAAGCCCCGCCUCAUCGCCGACUGGGAGGCGGAGCCUGUGUCGUUCAAGACGGUGCUGGACGAUAGGAACCCAAGCGCCCGAUACGUCACCGUGCCACUGAACCGCCGCGCAGCCAAAUUCCUCCGCUGCCGCUUUUACUUUGCCGAUUUCUGGAUGAUGUUCAGCGAAAUCUCCUUUCAGUCAGAGGACACCAUACUCCUCGACCCCAUUGUGUCGACCGUCCCUCCAAUCAAGAAGGAGAGCACCAUGUCAACCCCAUCUGUGAUGACAGGAAACAUUACAGCCAAUGUGUCAGCGAGUGACCCGCCAGAUGACGGGAACACGCCCAUCCUGAUUGGCUGCCUGGUCACCAUCAUCCUGAUGUUAGUCAUCAUCAUCGUCCUCAUCCUCUGGUGCCAAUAUGUCUGCAAGGUGCUGGAGAAGGCUCCACGUCGGAUCCUGGACGAGGAGGUGACCGUCAGGCUGUCGUCCUGCAGUGACACCAUCAUCCUGCAGACCCCCCCUGUGCCCCCUCGCUCAGGCCACGCCCCCACAGGCCCCGCCAACACUGACCCUCACUAUGAGAGAGUGUUCCUGUUGGACCCACAGUACCAGAACCCGGCGGUGCUGAGGAACAAGCUGCCGGAGCUGUCGCAGAGUGCCGAGGCUUCAGCGUGUGGAGGAGGCUACGCCGAGCCUGACGUCACCCAGUGCACGCCGCACCAGUGUUUCCAUAGCAACGCACCGCACUACGCUGAAACGGACAUCGUGCGGCUGCAGGGCGUCACCGGCAGCAACAUGUACGCUGUCCCCGCCCUCACCGUAGACUCGCUCACCCGGAAGGACAUCUCUGCCGCCGAGUUCCCACGGCAACAGCUGAUCUUCAGGGAGAAGCUGGGGGAGGGGCAGUUUGGAGAGGUCCACCUGUGUGAGGCAGAGGGACUCCCAGAAUUCCUUGGGGAAGGGUCCCCCCUCCCUGACAGAGAUGGGCAUUCUGUACUGGUAGCUGUUAAACAGCUGAGGGCCGACGCCACCAGCCAGGCCAGGAACGACUUCCUGAAGGAAAUAAAGAUCAUGUCUCGUCUGAACGACCCCAACAUCAUCCGGCUGCUGUGUGUGUGUGUGUCGUCCGACCCGCUGUGCAUGGUGACCGAAUACAUGGAGAACGGAGACCUCAACAUGUUCCUGUCGCAGCGGGAGAUCGAGAGCACGCUGACACACGCCAACAACAUCCCUUCAGUCAGUCUGUCCGACCUCCUCCACAUGUCGGUGCAGAUCUCCUCAGGGAUGAAGUAUCUGGCGUCCCUAAACUUUGUGCAUCGCGACCUGGCCACCAGAAACUGCCUGCUGGACCGCCGCCUCACCAUCAAGAUCUCCGACUUCGGGAUGAGCCGGAACCUGUACAGCAGUGACUACUACCGCAUCCAAGGCCGGGCGGUGCUGCCGAUACGAUGGAUGGCGUGGGAGAGCAUCUUGCUGGGUAAGUUCACCACGGCCAGUGACGUGUGGGCGUUUGGCGUCACCCUUUGGGAGAUCUUCACUCUGUGUAAGGAGCAGCCCUACAGCCUGCUGUCCGACGAACAGGUCAUAGAGAACACUGGCGAGUUCUUCAGGAACCAGGGUAGACAGAUUUUCCUCUACGGCCCUCCGCUCUGUCCACCUUCGCUCUUUGAGCUGAUGAUGUGUUGUUGGAGUCGCGAUAUACCCGACCGACCCACAUUCGAGGGACUUUACCAAGCCCUGAAGCCCCAUGUCAACCAGUGAGCAGUGUCCGCUUGGAUGUACCACUCUGUGGGAUGUCCAUAUCUGGACUCUUUAUAAGAAGAUAGACUGACACCACAAGAGAAAGGACUGGAAUUAUGUUAUAAGAGUAUGUCAGAGGGGUAACGGAAACUGGCAGAACUGUGGUCAGAAAGUGGGUUUUCUUCGUAGUAACAUCAGCACUCUAUUCUGAGAGACAAAGUUGAGGUAGAAGGAGAAAGGCUUGUGUACUCAGAGGAAAACAAACCUGACAGUUGGUAGUGAACAAAUACUUUUAAAUAUUUCUAUUUGAUUGCUGAUUUGACAGUUUCCCACCUCUCCUUAAAGCCCCUUCGACCAAAACAUCUUGUUAAACCUUUUGACACUUUUUUUCCCCAUUUUGCUAUGGUGCCAAAGUUUGCGUAAACGUUAAUUUUCUUCUUGUCUUUGGCUUUUAAAGAUGCCAACAACUGGACAGACUCUUCAGUCUUGUUAUUUUCACCUGUCCCUGUGGUUUUUAUUAUUAUUGUAAAGCACUGUCUGUGUCUCUCAGUUAUUCAUGUUCAUUUAACCCACACUGGAGCUAGGGUUAGGGUCAAAUUGUAGUGUAGUUUAUUUUUAGAUUUUUAUUCUAUUUUAUUUUACUUGUUGGUCUUUUUUGUGGAUAUAAAUGUUGUUUAGCUGAGGUUCACAUCACGAUGCCAAGAGGCUGCGUUGAUACCUGUGUGGUUCAAAGACUGAAAAUCAGUCAGUGGGUAACUGUGGGUUAUUUAGGAGAGUAAGUGGAUGGAGGGCACAUUUGAACCAAAUAAUAAUAAAAAAAUGUUGUUCCUUUUUGUUGCCAAAGAGAAAUAAAGAGUAUAAGUAAUAAAACAUGAUA